AUGGCAACUCUGUGGUAUUGCUGCGGCUGCAACUUCGGCCCCUUCAACGCCGACCUCUACGACUCGUGCAUCAACUGUGGUAAAUACGCCUGCUCGAUGUGCACUCGCGAGAAGGUUACCAACAGCAACUAUGACCACACCUCCCACUUCCACGCAGCCCACGGUUGCCACGAGUCCUCUCCAUACCCAUCUGCCGUGACUAUGGGCCCUCCACACUCCGUCUCCCUGCAGACCAAGGCCAUGGCUGCCACGGGACUAGGAGACCUCCACAGCAUUCGGUCUCUAUCACGACGAAUGCCUUUGGCACUGGCAUCGCCGUUCCCCGGCGCGAUGCAAUGCUACACCGAGACAUACAUGUACAUCUGCUGCAGAUGCGGGGACGGGCCUAAGGUCUAUAACAACCAACCUCGAUGUGUCUGUUGCAAUCACGAGGCUUGCGGAGACUGCGAGCAGGUCAAGUAA